AUGGGUGACUACUCAAAAGUACUGGAACUUUAUGAAAAAUCACAUGAAAUCUACGAAAAAGUUAUACCUCCGACUCAUCUGGAUUUGGCUACGUCCUGCAACAACAUCGGUGGAGUGUACAACACCAUGGGUGACUACCCGAAAGCACUUGAGUUCUACCAAAAAGCACAUGAAAUAAAAGAGAAAACUCUUCCUCCAAAUCAUCCCGGUUUGGCUGCUUCCUACAACAACAUCGGUCUAGUGUAUAAUGACAUGGGUGACUAUUUUAAAGCACUUGAAUUUUACAAAAAAUCGUAUAAAAUCCUCGAGGUAGCUUUACCUUCAAAUCUUCUCCAUGUGGCUUCGUCCUUCAGCAACAUUGGCUCCGUGUAUUACAGCAUCGGUGACUAUUCGAAAGCACUCGAGUUUUACGAAAAAGCACAUCAAGUCAAAGAAGAAGCUGUUCCUCCGAACCAUUUCUCAUUGGCUGCUUCCUACAGCAACAUCGGUGAAGUGUAUUACGCCAUGGGUGACUACUCGAGAGCACUUGAAUUUUACGAAAAAUCAUCCAAAAUAAGAGAAACAUCUCUGCCUCCGAAUCAUCCCUCAUUGGCUGAAACUCAAUUGAGUUUUGCAGCGUGUUACGAACGAAUAAAUGAUUACGCAGCAGCACUUAAGGCUCUUCAAAAUGCUUUUCAAAUUCAACAAAAAGCUUUUGGAGAAGGUAAUCGAGCUUUUGGUCGUACAUACACCUAG